AUGGUGAUCAACCCGACAUACCUCGCGCAGCGGACGCGCUCAUGUACGCAUACAAAUUCCCACCCGACGCGCGCGAAGAGAGAGAGAGAGGAGAGAGGCUAACAAGGAUAACAGCGAAGACGUGGACGGAAGCGAAGACGAGAGUGCUGGCUAGCUACCGCGAUUGGCUCAGAGCGGUACGUCACACCCAAACCUGCCGGAGAGCACGGAAGAGCGAGGAGCUUGGGAAGGUGGUUGGGAAGCAGAUCGCAAUGCUGGAAGCUCCGAACAAUAAGAAGAGAAGGCGGAGGAGGAGCAAGAGGAAUACAGCGCACUGACUUGGACUCCCACACAGUCGCCCGAAAUCCAGCAAAUGUACUCCCUCAACAUGCCCGUCAGCGCGAUCCGCACCAAGAUCCGACAAGAAUUCGAGCGCCAUCGAUACGUCUCGCAGCUCAAGACAACGGAUGUCUUGUUGUUUAACAGUCACCAAGAAUUUCAGGUGCGUCUGAAGAAGCUCUCCGAUGAUUGUAGAGGAGAAAAAAGGCAAGGCUAAUAGAGGAAACAAGGAAACAUUGAAUUUCUGGAAGCAACUCACGCACGUGCUCAAGUACUUCCGUGCAGAAGAGGAGCCGAAAGCGCGGUUACCGAAGAAUUUCAUUCAGGGCUUCAUUGAGGUGAGCCAUCACGAUAUCCACGGACAUGGACAUGGGAAAGCUGACAUAUGGACAUAGGGACGGAAUUGA